GAAAAUUUUUAUUGGAACAGCAGAGUGAACGUCAAAAUCAUUAAAAGAAGUGAAAUUUAUCACAUCAAUUAAUUUAAAAGGCUCUGAUAGUUUUUUUUUCAAUCUGUGAUUAUUUAUUCUUCUCAUUGAAAUAAUUUCCUGUGAGGAAAGGGCAUAAAUUCUCAAUAGCCCUCGAUGUGCUCGAAUGUUCUCACCUAGGAGAGCUCCAUAGAAUUUCUUCGCAGAAGAGAAGAAAGCGAGUGCCAGAGUAAAAUCUAUAACAGCGCAAAAGAAGAAAAAAAAAAGAAUAUCAAUGACACACAUGGAAGAAGAAGUGCUGAGCAACAUCUCAGAAACUGAAUCGAGAUAUUUUGCAGAUAUAUUUUUAUGUUGUGAUGUGGAAAAAACAGGAAAUGUGCCAAUACUCAAAGCCACGGAAUUAUUUCGAUCGGCUAAUUUGUCAAAUGAUAUAAUUAGACAGAUUCUUCACUUGGCACAGGUACCUCAAACAACCCUUUAUAUAACGCGAAAACAAUUUUAUUCGUGCUUAAAAUUGAUAGCAGCACAACAAGCAUCAAUUCCAUUGAGAUCAGAUUUAAUACAUACACCCACAACAUUACCUCUACCCCGAUUUAGUUGGUGUGAUUCACCAAGUACAAUUAUAACAGCCAACAAUGGGUCUGAGGAUGGUGGUUUGGCAAAAUCAGCAGGUGUUGAGCUGCACAAGCAAUGGGUGGAAGUCCAUGCCAACAGUCCAAAUUUAAUUCAAUUGACCAACAAUUCCAUAAAUCCUGCAGAACUAGCAAAUGCAGAUUUACAGAGUACAGACAGUGAGGUUGAGCACAACGAUGUUAAAGUAACACGCGAACGGGAUAAGAUGCAAAAUAAGGAUGGUUCACCUGAAGCCUGGAGUACUGCUAGUGAUAGUCCAACACCAACAAAUAGCGUGGCUGAACGUCCGUGGGCAAAAGAGAAUCUCUGGCAUGGUCUACUGUGUGAGGAGCAACGUCAACUGCUGGCCACGGAAGAGGAAUCAUCCGACCGGCAUAGUAGUGAUGAUGAUGUUGAUUUGGAGUCCGUGUUUAAAAUUACCACGGAACAGAGGGAAUACUACACGAAACAAUUUUAUACAAUUCAACCCGAAGGUGGACUCCUCUCUGGCCCCGUGGCUAGAAUGUUUUUUGAGAAAUCUCGCAUUCCCGUUGAAGAGCUCCGCCACAUCUGGCAACUAUGUGAUGUUACUCGCGAUGGAGCAUUGAGCCUAGAGGAAUUUACAGCAGCUAUGCACCUUGUUGUCUUACGACGAAAUAAUAUUCCUCUGCCGCACAAUCUACCACCGUGUCUUAUGCUCAGUAGUGGUGGAGGAAGUACAACAGCAUCAACAACAGCAGCAACUGAAAAGGAGGGCACUACACAAAUCUUUGGUCAAUCGAAUACAUCUAAAAAUCCCCCUGAGGCAGAUCUUUUGCAUUUAAAUGAUGACGACAAUGAAGAUGAUGGUGAUGGUGAUGGUGAUAAGGAGAAUGAAAGUGCAUCACUUGUUACACUUGCAAGUGGUUCAUCACCAAUUGCCAAUAUCUUGAAUGCUGUUGGUGCUGCACAUUCAAAAUCCAAUUCACCCGUAAAGGUUGCUCAAGUGACGCCUCCGCUACCAACGAAGGCGUCAACGAAACAUGUUGAAAAAGAUUGGGCAUGCGUUUCCAAUCAAUCCCAAUCAACAAAUCGCGAUUGGAAUGUAACAAAUAAUCGUGAAUGGACAAAAUUCAAUGAAUCACCCACAUCAAAUGUUUCCAGUCCCGGCCUUAAGCCCGUGAAUUUUGACAUGCAACGCACAGCACAGGCUGUUGUGUCUGAUCCACAAAUCCUCCAUCCGGUUGCACUUCGCGUAACACCCGUAACAGUGUCGGAGAUUGCGGAUGAAAAUGAUUCAAUGCGUCGAUCAUUGCUGUAUGAGAAUCAUGAAAGGGAAUCAAGCCCCAAGCACGUGGAGAAAUUACGGGAGUCAGUUCAAACGGAUCUACGGUCAAUUCAACGGCCACAACCUAAGAAGAAAUUACCCGCGAAGGCUGCAGGAGCACUUCCACCGCCUCCACAGAGGGAAUCAAGUAUAUCAUCUGAGCAGAAUGACCAAUCAAGUGCAAAUGGUGUGGUGAUGUCUAUGAAAAAGGAACCACCACCGCUACCACCUCCAAGACCACAUCGUCAUGCUAGGAGCAGUAGUUUGGAUUUGAAUAAAUUAAAAUUAGGUGCUCCACUACCACCUGAAAUUCCUCCGAGGAUUUCACCACAUAUGACAUCCCAGAAUAGCUGUGAUGCACAAGUUGAAGGCACAAAUACAUCUUUUGCUGAUUUUACACAAUUCCCUCAGACAUGUUUCGAUGACAAUGGAAGUGGUGUUAAGAGCAAUGCUACUACCACUGUUGCAGCAGCAGCAGCAGCAAAUAUUGCUCUUUCUCCACGUCAAACAAUCAGUACGCUGCAGUCAUCUCAGAGAAUAAGUGCUUUUGAAGUAUAUAGGAAGCCAAAUUCACGAAAUUCUCAAUCACCCCCAUCAGCAUCGUCGCAACCAAUUCAACCUGCUGUUAAUGUGCAAGAUUUAGAGAAGCGCCUAAUUCAACUCACAGAAAGUGUCAAGCAGUUGGGUUUUCAGCCUGAACAAUUCCGUGAGAGUAGCGUAAAUGAAGUUAUGGUAUACCUUCGUGGACAAAAUACCGCAUUGAAGCGCAUCUGUGCUGAUCUCAGUAGUGAAUUGUGGGAAACAGAACGUAGUCGUGAGGAAUUGCGUACGCGCUUACGGAAGGACAAGAGUAGUACAUCAAGUAGUGUAAGUAAUUCGAAUAUUAUUUCGAAUUCUACACAUCAAACAAAUGUCUAGUAUCAGAAGAGAUAAGAAAAAAGAUGUAAUUGUUUUUUUUCCUGUUAAGGAGGCAGCUAAUUAAAUCCAAUCUCUUGUACUUUCUUUUUGGUUUUUUUUUGUAUGAGUUAUAGUCCUUUAAAUAAAGAUGACAAUUUCUAUUGAAUUUUAAUAGAUUUUAGGAAAAAUAAUCAAUGAGAUUGUUUGUUUAAUACAUACAUAAUAUUGCCAAGAUAAAAAAGCUUAAAAAAUAAAAGAUCAAAGCUUCAAAACGUGAAAUUUCUUACAUAGUGUAUACUUCUUUUUUCCAUAAAGAAAAAAAUCUUAAAGAUCUGUUGUUUGCUUUUUUUAUUACAUUUUUAUCUAAUUAAAUACAAUAAUUGUAUAUUAAGCUAAAAUGUACCUAUUAUAGCGCUCCUCUGUUAGCAUUAUACCAUACAAAUGGGUGUUUGAAAGAUAAAAGAAAAAAAAAACUUUGUAAUAUGCAUGAUAAAUAUAUGAAAGUAAUCCAAGUAUAUAGUAAGCACUAUAUGUAUUUAUGUUUAAAAUAAUAAAGGAAAUUUAUUAAAUAUA